UAAUGACACUUUGAUUUCUAACGAUACAACCACAUGUUGCAUUGAGGGGACAAGAUCUGCAAUGAUGAUCCGAAUCUUUGUGGCUCUUAUUCUGAUCUCUGAAACGGGUUUGACGAUGACAAAUGACAUUAUUCAGCCAAAGGCAACAGUGAGAGUACAGCCUGGGGAAAAUGUGGUACUCAACUGCAACACUACAUCUGAUAUUAGUUUUACAAGCAUGAUUUGGUUCAGGCACAUUGUUGGAACGAUGCCACAGGUAAUAUUAGCUUCAUACACAGGAUCAGGAUACACAUCUUACGAAGAGAUUAAUGACAAGCAGAGAUUUACUCUGCAGAUAGAGCAAAACAUGUUUAAUCUGAGAAUUUCCGAAGCAAAGACCUCUGACUCUGGUAUAUAUUACUGUGCACUCUUUGGCUACAUGCUUAAAUUGCACAUUCCUACUGCAACCUUUUUACUAAUAUCAGGAUCCAACCCAAAGACUCACACAGUAGUACAGCAGCCUGUGUCUGACACAGUGCAGCCUGGAGACUCUGUGAGCCUGCGGUGUACAAUAGAGACUGGGAGCUGUGCAGGAGAACACAGUGUUUACUGGUUCAGACAUGGAUCAGGAGAAUCCCUUCCAGGAGUCAUUUACAGCCAUAGGAACAGGAGUGAUGAGUGUGAGAAGAGCCCUGAGGCUGGAUCUCCUACACGGAGCUGCGUCUACAGCCUCCCCAAGGGGAACCUCAGCCUCUCUGAUGCUGGGACUUACUACUGCGCUGUGGCCAUGUGUGGGGAGAUGCUGUUUGGCAAUGGGACAAAGAUUAACAUAGAAGGAUCUUGCAUUAAGGAUUCGAUAACCAUCGGCUUGGGAGCUGCUCUGUUUUUCUGUGUGACUGUCAUUUUUAUACUGGCCUGCCUCAGAAAUAGGAGGACAUGCUGUAAACAUUGUGCAGCAUGUGACUCAGAGGCAAACCACCGGAACGACCUAAAUACAAGAGAUAAGAGCGAACAGAAUCACAAUCCUGAGAUGCUGAAUUACGCUGCCCUGCACUUCACUCAGAAGAAGCCUGACGGUAGAAGAAAGAAGAGAGAGACGAAACAGGACAGUGUGUACGCAGAUGUCAGGUUACCAGGCUGAAACAUCCGCUUGAUAUGCAAGUUUGAUGCUUGUUUUAUUUUAAAAGUACAUAAUGCUGUUUCACUUUUACAGAAAGACCUAUACAGUCUUAAAUUUAUGUACUAAUUAUGCUCAUUGGACAUAUUGUAAGUUGCCAAAUUUAAACUGUCCUACAACAAACAUAAACUGGAUAUAGUUUUAUGUUUGCCUAAUGGUAAAUAAUCUUCAUGUAUAAUCCUAUAUAAGCUGGUAUUCUUGUAAAGACCAUGGUGGAAGGAUGUAAAUUGUAUAAUUGUCUAAAUAAUGUUGGGGUUUCAAAAAUAUGUAACUACAAGAGACAUUAUGGAAGCCUUGAAGUUCAAAACAAAUUAAUAAAUUAUAAAACGUAACGGCAGUUCUGAAAAUGAAUUGUUCUUCACAUCAGGGCUUCAGUACUGCACGAAUCUUAAUUGCUAGACAGGGGGGCUGUUGGCCUGAUAGCACUGCAUUUCCCAGAGUGCCCCAGCACCUGCUCCAGCCACUCACUCACCAACCUAAAAUAUCUCCAUGUGCUGAAUUGAUCGGCUGGAAAUGUGAAGAAAAAAAAAUUAUAUACAUGUUAACAAAAUCUUUCCCCACCAAUUAUGUAGGUACCUGUAUGUACGUCUUAAUGUGCGUCUUAAUGCGUCUUAAUCUCUAUGUCUUAGAGUCGUUUAUAUAAUUCACAUUUAAUAUUACUAAAUAUUUAUAUUCUAUUUUUUUCUCAUUUUCGCUAUGACCAACAUUUUCUGUUACAUAACUGUAGAAGAUACACUAAUGGUACAUGCAGAGAGGCCACGGAUAAUUUGCAUGUGUAUGCAUGUGUACAGGUUAUGUAUAUGUUACAUUGUAGGAAUGUGAUGAAAAAAAACUGUUACUUUGAUGCUAUGGCGACCAUAAAUUUCAC